CUUUCGGGACAAAGGCUGGAGCGUUUCCACAGCCGAGCGCUGGUGCCUGGAAAGCCGCCUGCUGCCAGCACCUGCUCUGUGGGGCUGUCGUGAUGCGGGCUCGGAGUCCCGGCUGCCACUCAGGCUGCUGCUAGCAGAGUUUGUGCUGGCUGUCCUGGAGGACUACGCAGAUCCCUUCGAUGCGGCACAGGUGGCUGGUAGCCAGGGAGGGCUGGAGAAGGUGACGGAGAAUGAUGGAUACAUGGAGCCAUAUGAAGCCCAGAAGAUGAUGGCUGAGAUCCGCCAGAAAGGCUUACGGGAGGCUCCUGCCCGGCCGCUGCCCCUCUAUGACACUCCUUACGAGCCUGUGCUUCGUGGGCUGGACAUGGACGGUGACCGCCUGGCUUGCCCCAGGCCCAGGGAGUCCCGGCUGCCGGAGGACGAUGAGCGGCCUCCAGAGGAGUAUGACCAGCCCUGGGAGUGGAAGAAGGAGCGGAUCUCCAAAGCCUUUGCAGUUGAAAUCAAGGUCAUUAAAGACCUGCCAUGGCCACCGCCAGUGGGACAGCUCGACAGCGGUGAGAGCCCCCCGGACGGUGAGGCCGGUGCCUCCGUCCCUCCGCAGCAUGGCCAGCCCAGCUACGAAGACGCCAACG